AAAGAGCGCGCUCGGGACUCCUCCUUCCGCGCCGCUGCCCCCGAGAGCGCGGGGACUCCGGCCCGCGCCCAGACCGGCCAGAGCGACCCGCGGCCUGUCCGUCGCAAAAGCCAACAUGAAAAUCCUCGUGGCCUUGGCCGUCUUUUUUCUCGUCUCCACUCAACUAUUUGCGGAAGAAAUCGGAGCCAAUGAUGAUCUGAAUUAUUGGUCCGACUGGUCUGACAGUGACCAGAUCAAGGAGGAGCUGCCGGAGCCCUUUGAGCAUCUUCUGCAGAGAAUCGCCCGGAGACCCAAGCCUCAGCAGUUCUUUGGAUUAAUGGGCAAACGGGAUGCUGAUUCCUCAAUUGAAAAACAAGUGGCCCUGUUAAAGGCUCUUUAUGGACAUGGCCAGAUCUCUCACAAAAGGCAUAAAACAGAUUCCUUUGUUGGACUAAUGGGCAAAAGAGCUUUAAAUUCUGUGGCUUAUGAAAGGAGUGCAAUGCAGAAUUAUGAAAGAAGACGCAAAUAAACUACCUAACAUACUAUUUAUUCAGCUUCAUUUGUGUCAAUGGGCAAUGAAAGGUAAAAUAAGACACACACUAUGAGGAAUAAUUAUUUAUUGAUAACAAUUGUUAUUUUGAGUUGAAAACUCAAAAAAGGUGUUUAUUUUUCAUAUCGUCCCAAUAUGUGUUGUAAACAUAUGUUAUAAUUCUAAUAUGAUGACUCUCUCAGAAGUUGGAAUCAGUGAUAAUUUUGCAACAAAGCAGUGUUCAAUGAAUUGUAGAACCCUGUCAAUGAUAUGGCCUCCAAAGAAAGAAAGAAUUGCUCUGAAGCAGUCAUACCAGCUACUGCUAAAAGGGAAGGAAAUUCCCAACAGUCUCGUGCUUCCCCUAUUUUUUUCAUGGUGAAAAUGUACUGAGAUUUUGGUAUCAAACUAUAUUUGUAUCCUUGAAGCAUGUUUCAUGUUUUGUGACUAUAUAGAGAUGUUUUUAAGAGUUUUAAUGUGACUCCAAGGUCUUCAUUUCAUUGUAUGAUGUGUUGUGAUAGCUAACAUUUUAAAUAAAAGAAAAAAUAUCU